AUUUGAUGUUCAAGCAUUCUUAUUGGUUAGUUCAAUUCUGAUGACAAUAAGGGGUGUUGUGAUUGGCCCCACUUGCAGAUAGGGGGAGAUCGCGAACGUCAGGUCUUCCCAGUAUGAAAAUGUGAUGCAAGGGAUUUUGUCAUCGACAGCCAUCAACACUAUUAAGCCCUGCACAACUAACGUGCUGUUUCCCAUUUAACAACAGGUAUUUAUACAUGUUAUAUUUUGUAUUGUAUUUUUGUAUUUUGUUCGCCCAGUAUGAAAAUGUGAUGCAAGGGAUUUUGUCAUCGACAGCCAUCAACACUAUUAAGCCCUGCACAACUAACGUGCUGUUUCCCAUUUAACAACAGCAGAAAUAAAUGAUGCUCAACUGGGACCACUGGCCGAAGUUAUUUAUUAUUAUAAAACACAACGCAUGGAGAGUACACUAUACAUCUGUUACACUGGUGCCGUGACUCGUCUUCUUGUCUUCGCCGGACGUCACGUGGAGGGAUCGGAGACCCGGCUUCAAGAAGUACUGUGGUUGCUGAUACACGUCUAAAGCCUAGGUUUUGCAUUCUGCGCAAGUGGAGUUCUCAGGAAGCUCCUGGUAGCAUGAGUGAGUGGGGAAUAUAAUAUACUGUUUAUUAGUUGUAUGUGUUGAUGUUAUGAUUAUUUAGUGAUGUAAUUGGGCUGUUACGCUAGUGACCUUCGUAAGCCAAUUAACGUGAGGGUGAUGCCAUUUUCUACCACACGGUGGCGCCAACUAUUUAUUAAGGCGUUUCUUGUUACUUUUCUGUGUUGAUUCUUGGUCUUGUUAGACAACUACUACUGAACUUUUAUUUUGAGUGCAUUAUGUUCAAGCUGAUUUUAUAGAAGUGUUAAUAUUGAUUGUGAUAAUUUUCAUAUUUUUUGGGGGGGACUUAAUAUUUACAACAACAACAAAACAAAACAAAUUAUUAUUAUUUUUUAAUUUAUUUUAAAAAUGGAAAGUUUUGGGAGAGGUAGGGGAGUUUUCAUGUUUAACCCUUCACUGCCAGUGGGUAGGGGGGCAGCUAUUUCUCCAGUUACUUCCACACCUCUGGCCAGGCCAACUACGCAGGCAAGUGUGCACCUUCCACAUGAUUUAGAGCUACCUCAACUCAGUGCAUUCGAGCCAGUUUCACCUAAUCCUAGGAAGGAGGAUGUGUCUAUGGAUUUCCUGGCGGACAUUGUUAAGCAGAUAGGUUACUCCAUAGGUGAAAAUAUUGCCUCUUGUUUGGAAUCAAAGGCUAUGGGAGAUGGGGUGGGACAGAAGGUUGAUUAUGUUGGUGGUACCAAGGUUGGGGCCAGCUCUAGUCUAAAUGUAGUGGUGAAAAAUGAUGUCAGGGAACCAGUGUGUUUCAGGGGGGAUGGUUCAGAGGAAUGCACAGUGCAUGAGUGGGAGGAGACCAUGUUAGUGUACAUGCAGAAGAAGGGCUAUGGUGGGCAGGAGAGGUCAGAUGAAGUUUUGGGUAAGCUGAAAGGGCGGGCACGUGACGUGGUAAGAGUAAGCCUACGCAGUAACCCAGUUGACUUAAGCCAGGGCCCUAGACCGGUUUUUGACAUUCUGAAGCAUCACUUUAGCGACACAAUCAACUCUGACAUGCCCCUAGCUGAUGUUUAUUCUACGUUGCCAAUGGAAGGUGAGACUCCGUUUGAUUACUGGAUCAGACUGAACAGAGCCAUAGAGGUGGCAGAGGACUGUUUGAAGAGGCAGAACAAGGAGCUAGACAAUCCAUCACGUGUUCUGACUGUCAUGUUCAUCAAGCACUGUCCGAACCCAGAGCUGUCAUUGAUAUUCAUGUGCAAACCAUUGCAUGAGUGGACGGCUGCGGAGGUCCAUGACAGGCUGGAGGAGUACCAGAGGAAGUGUAAGGCUCCAAGUCCCUUGCGGCUGGCCCCACUGGUCACCACACUGACGCAGGAAGUAAGUAGGCCAGUGUCGGCUGUUGUAAACUGUCCGGACCCCUUGCAGCAGCCCACAAAUAACUCAUCCGAGGCAUUGGAUCGUGUGAUGGGCAUGCUUGAACGGGUCUUGGAGCAGAGGCCUCAGCAACCGGUAGGCGGCUAUAAUAACCGUUUCCAGAGGAGGCCCAGAAGGGAGAACCCAUCUUUGCAAUGCAAAGUGUGUGGGGAUGCGAACCACAGCACAAUGGAUCAUUGUUAUUCUAACCACCUAUGCUUCCUCUGUUAUGCAGCUGGGCACACACGUCGGGAAUGUAAUUCCCGUCGCUCCAUCAAACAGCAACACGACACAGCGGCAGGAAAACUAGCUGGCCCGCACUGGGUGGGGGGAAGUGCUGGGCCUUGUGAGGUGCCCCAAUUCGAUAGUGUUGUAGAUUUAGAGUCAAUAUAUUCAAGUGUUUGUGAUGAAGUCAAGUCGAACGAAAAAGUCAUUAUGCAAAAUACACAGAGAGUGCUCCACAACGAUGAACUCUUCUAUACUAGUGUGUUACUGGGGGAUGUUAUAGAGGUGAGCGCUAUGAUUGACAGCGGUUCUAUGGCAUGCACAUUGAGCUCUACAGUGGUGCCACGCCUUGAGAAAGCAGGUGUGCUCAAGAGUGGCUCCCUCAGUCCGACUGAAGUGGUGUUGGUUGGCUGCGGGGGGUUGAAGACCAAGCCUGUAGGUGUGUGUGAAUUGAAUCUGUCUGUGUAUGGCAGCAGUGUCUCUGUCCCUGUUCUAGUAGUGGAUGGCCAACGUGAUGAGCUCAUCCUAGGCAGCAACGUGAUAAAACACCUCAUCAGGGAGCUGAAGACGACCGGUGACUUCUGGGAGAAGAUGUCAUCAUCUGAACACAAUGGAGAUGACAAACUGUUCCGUCUGCUGGCUAAUGUAGAGAGAUGGAAAGGGACAGAAGUGCCGGAAAGAGUGGGCACAGUAAGGCUGAAGCGGGCGGUCACAUUGGAGCCCAUGCAGGAGCAUUUAGUCUGGGGCCGGUUGUGUACGCCUCAAAAUGUAUCUGCGGGCAGUGCUGUCGUUAUUGAGCCUACGAGGGCACGCUCAAGACCAAAAAACAUUCUAGUGGGGAGAACUGUAGCGACAUUGUGGAGCGAUGGCUGGGUCCCUGUCAAAGUUAUCAAUCCCUCACCAAAGCCAGUAACAGUGAGACGCAAUGCCAAGAUAGCGGAUGUUUUUCCUUGCAUGGCAUUAGAGGACUUUGACACUGACUACAUAGAUGGGCCCACUGUCGAACCGGUCCCCCUGGUGCAGCAGGUACACAAAAUGGAUGACAAUCAAGACUUUGACAAUGGUAGUGGAGAUAGCUUGACCGUUGACAGUGCUGUAAAACCGCACAGAGUGACAAGUGAGGUGUUGCAUGAGUUAGGGCUAAGUGACAUUGACAUUGAGUCCACUCAGUUGUCGCAACAGUGUAAGGCCCGGCUAGUUCAGCUAAUAGCCCGCUACGAGUGUAUCUUCUCCCGGAACAAACUAGACUGCGGGAAGGCUACUGGAUAUGUCCAUCGCAUCAGACUCAGUGACACUAAGCCUUUCAGGCUACCUUACCGUAGGCUCUCCCCUAACCAUUAUGACAAGCUCAGGCAGGCCUUGGAUGAAAUGGAAGAGCGAGAGAUAAUCAGGAAAUCCAGCAGUGAGUAUGCCUCCCCGCUCGUGCUGGUCUGGAAGAAGUCUGGCGAUCUGAGACUGUGUACAGACUUCCGAUGGCUCAAUGCUCGCACCGUAAAGGAUGCUCACCCUCUACCUCACCAAGCUGAUGCUCUGGCGGCCCUGGGUGGCAAUGCCUUCUUCUCUACAAUGGAUUUGACCUCAGGCUACUACAAUGUGGAGGUGCAUGAAGACGACAAGAAGUUUACAGCCUUCACUUCUCCUUUUGGGUUAUAUGAAUAUAACCGUCUUCCACAAGGACUGUGCAAUAGCCCAGCUACAUUCAUGAGGAUGAUGUUGAGCAUUUUUGGGGAUCAAAAUUUUUCUAGCCUUCUAUGCUACCUGGACGAUGUGCUGGUUUUUGCCCCGACUGAAGAACUUGGAUUGCAACGCUUGGAGUCAGUUUUUGAGCGUCUGAAGGCCCAUAAUCUGAAAUUGGCUCCAAAGAAAUGCCAUUUCAUGAAGAGGUCAGUGCGGUUCUUGGGGCAUGUCAUCAGUGAAGGAGGUGUGGCCACAGACCCGGAAAAAGUGAAGGCUAUUGCAGGGAUGACAGAGAAGGAUCUCAUGGAGGAUAACACGGACGUGCCCUCCCAGGGGAAGAUUCGGUCCUUUCUCGGAAUGAUAGUCUAUUACCAGCAGUUCAUUGAGGGGUGCUCCACCAUCGCUAAGCCGCUGCAUGGGCUGACAACUGGGACGAAGGCACCACGCCAUGGGAAAGGAAAGAGGAAAAGAAGAAUAAAUAGGAAACUCACAGCAGCAGACUGGACUGGUGAGUGCAAACAGGCCUUUAGUCAGUUGAAACAAGCUCUCCUCGAUCAGGUCAUGCUAGCCCACCCUGAUUUUAGUAGACCUUUCUUGCUGUCUGUAGACGCAUCUAGUAAUGGAUUAGGUGCUGUCCUAUCCCAAGUGCCAGAGGAUGGGUCUGCAGCCAGGCCCGUAGCAUUCGCUAGCAAAUCUCUUACUUAUGCACAGUCAAAGUAUCCUGCCCAUAGGUUAGAGUUUUUUGCUUUACGCUGGGCAGUCUGUGAGAAGUUUAGUCAUUGGCUAAGGGGCAAGCCUUUUACUGUAUGGACAGACAACAACCCAUUGACAUACAUCCUGUCCAAGCCCAAAUUGGACGCCUGUGAACAGAGAUGGGUUGCUAAACUCGCCCCAUUCGAGUUUGACAUAAAGUACAUCCCCGGUCCCAAAAAUGUCAUUGCUGAUGCACUCAGUAGACAGCCAUUUGUGCAGCCGAGCGCUCUCCACCGCAUCACAAGGGUUCCAUACAAGGCCUUGCUGGAAGAAGCUGCGGGAGUACAUGCUGAGAAGGUGCAAGAUGUGUUCCGCUGGUCGAACCACCCAUUCGACCUCGAAAGCUGCUCACCGUCAAUUGAGGCAGAGGCCUGUGAAAUUGUCAUGGACUGCCAAACUACCUCCUACCCUUCUCCUGGUUCUCUGUCAAAGGAAGCGGUGUCAGCAAUCCUGAGGUCGCAAGAGGAGGCUGGUCUACAGAACUGUGCGCUGCUACUGCCUCAGCUCACUCAGUCAUUGGUGCCAUCUGAGAUGUCAGAUGUGAGAGUGCUGUCCCGUGACGACCUGAUAUCAAAGCAGCGCCAGGAUGAUGCACUCGCCAGAGUUGUCUUCUACGUGGACAGGGGCCGUAGACCUUCUAGGAGGGAACGUGGCCAUGAACCAAUCGAGGCUCUGCGGAUUCUGAAGACCUGGGAGAAGCUCACUCUGAAAAUGGGUGUUCUAUAUCGCGUUACCAAAAGUUUGCUGUCAAAGAGGAAGACGUACCAGUAUGUAGUACCCACCUCAAUGAGGGCGACAGUUUUGAAGGGUGUCCACGAUGAAGCCGGUCAUCAGGGGCAACAGCGGACGUUGUACUUGACGAGACAGAGGUUCUUCUGGCAUGGUCUGGAGUCGGAUGUGAGAGAGUAUGUCAAGACCUGCAAGAGGUGUGUGUUCAGUAAGGCCCCCGAGCCAGAGGCCAGAGCUCCACUGGAGAACAUCAUCACAACUGAGCCCCUCGAGUUGGUGUGUGUGGACUUCUGGUCUGCUGAAGACUCCAACAACAAGUCCUUGGAUGUUCUGGUCGUCACUGAUCAUUUUACUAAGAUGGCCCAUGCCUUCUUGUGUCCGAACCAAUCAGCUAAAGCAGUGGCCCUUCAGCUGUGGAACAACAUCUUCUGUGUGUAUGGUUUUCCUCGUCGUAUCCACUCCGACCAAGGGGCCAACUUUGAAAGUAAAUUGAUUGCUGAGUUGUUGAGUGCUGCAGGAGUCCAGAAGUCGCACACAACUCCCUACCAUCCGAUGGGGAACGGGGGAGUCGAAAGGUUCAAUAGAACGCUGGGAAACAUGAUCAGGGCUUUACCUACGAGAGCGAAGCACAGGUGGCCCCAGAAGCUGAAGUCGUUGACCUUCGCCUACAACUGUACAGUCCAUGAAACCACGGGCCACGCCCCUUUCCAGUUGAUGUUUGGGAGAACCCCACGUCUGCCUGUCGACAUGAUGUUUGGUACGGUGCUACAAGACUCAAAUGUUGUAGACUAUGAUGAGUACGUCAAGUCCCUGACGAGAGACCUGAGGGAGGCCAUGGAGACUGUACAGUUGUCGGCAACCAAACAGCUGAAGAGGCAUGCGGGCCUCUACAACAGGAAGAUCAGAGGAGCUCCAGUGGAGGUCGGUGAUCGGGUGCUGCUGGCGAAUAAGGGUGAACGUGGAAAGAGGAAGCUGGCGGAUCGCUGGGAGAACAACCUCUAUAUUGUUACGGAGAAGAAUAGUGACAUCCACAUCUUCAAGAUACAGAACAUGUCGACUGGCCAGGAGAAAACGGUACACCGUAAUCUGAUAAUGCCUGUAAACUUCUUGCCUCUCCCUGACACUGCCUUAGAGACAUCUAAUACGGGAGACCGUGAGGAUCCGAGUGAGGAGAUGGAGGACUCAUCCAUGAAUGAUAUACCAGAAAUGGACGUUGGUGAGAGGACUAGUGUGUGGGUAUCAGAACAGACCUCGGAGGAAACACAGUCGGAGCCCUCUGAAAAAGAGACCCCAGAUGUGCUGGAAGAUGGGCCACUGGCGAGGGACCCUCAGAACUCACCACAUUCUGAGGGUGCCACUGGUGGCACAAGCAUGUCAGAGCUAACCUUUGGUGAAGAAAUGUCCGAACCCUCUGAGGAAGAAAGACAUUCUGAAGAUGCCACUGGUGGCACAAGUUCCAGCAACAGUCACAGAACCCUUGACCUUGACUACCCAUCGACUGUGGACAGUGACCCACCAAUGGUGGUUGUAGUUGAACAGGUUAAACGUAAUGAUAACUCUGUUAGGACUGUCAGGUCAGGGGCUGGUCGAGUUAGGAAACGCCCAGUGAGACUCAUUGAGACUAUGCAGACACAGAGGGUUUUUCAUACAGAAUUCAUUAGAGUACCUGUGUGGGUGUAGGAUUAGAAUCCAAGUCUGUAGCCACAAUUUUUUUUUUUUUACUUUUAACGUUCAAGAGACCCUAUAGAGGUAAUGGGUCAGGGGUCAUGUAGGCCAAGGUUUUUCUGUCUGAGGUUCUUGUUGUCACUGAGUGUACUGAACAUGUAACAGGCAUGUUUUCCUACGGGGUCUUUGAAUUCCCCUAAUUCUCUUUAGAGAAUAGUCUUUGCACUGGAAUAUUUGGUGACAUAUGUAUUGCAAGGUAUUGCAUACCUCAUUUAGUUUCUUUGUAGUAUGCAAGUGUAAUUCAGCAGGGGAGAAUGUAACAGGGUUGGUUAUGUUUCCACUUGCCUCUAAAGAAAUGUGUAUUUGAUGUUCAAGCAUUCUUAUUGGUUAGUUCAAUUCUGAUGACAAUAAGGGGUGUUGUGAUUGGCCCCACUUGCAGAUAGGGGGAGAUCGCGAACGUCAGGUCUUCCCAGUAUGAAAAUGUGAUGCAAGGGGUAGGUCACGUUCUGAAUACUGUUUUCUAUUUUCUAUUUUACAAUGUGUACAAGUUUGCUGUACGUUACUGAUUUUAUACAUGUGUGGGUAUAUGGUACCUGUUAGGGAUUGAGGGGCUUUCUGGGAUGUGCUUUGGCAUAUGAUUGCUGUAAAUAAUUGUGUUAGCUAGCAUACACCGAUGUCAUGGUCACAUAAGCCACGGCUAACACAGUUGUCUUCAUGCUACAGAUUUUGUCAUCGACAGCCAUCAACACUAUUAAGCCCUGCACAACUAACGUGCUGUUUCCCAUUUAACAACAGGUAUUUAUACAUGUUAUAUUUUGUAUUGUAUUUUUGUAUUUUGUUCGCCCAGUAUGAAAAUGUGAUGCAAGGGAUUUUGUCAUCGACAGCCAUCAACACUAUUAAGCCCUGCACAACUAACGUGCUGUUUCCCAUUUAACAACAGCAGAAAUAAAUGAUGCUCAACUGGGA